AUCCUGCUUCCUUGUCCCCUUCUUUCUCCAACACACCUGCACCAAGUUUAUGUAGAACGGGAAGGACAAACAUACAUCGACAGGAACUAAGACAUAAGACAUUACAUUGCCAUGGCUCACCAGACGCCGACAGAGAAGCCUGCAGCCCACGGAAUCACGAUGGAAACGCUGGACUGCGUCGUCGUCGGUGCUGGGUGGUACGGGUUGGCUGCCGCAAAGCAGUUUCACUGUACGCAACCGGAAUGUACGUUGGCGGUGUUCGACUCCCAGGCCAGCCUGGGCGGCACAUGGGCGGACGACCGCCUGUAUCCCGGCUUGAAGAGCAACAACCUGCUGGGGACGUUUGAGUACCCCGACUUCCCUAUGGACACGCAGACCUUCGGCGUCAAGCCCGGUGAGCACAUGCCGGGCCGCGUCAUAAACACCUACCUCAAGGCCUACGCUGCGAGGUUCGGCAUCGCCAACUACAUCCGUCUCAACACCAAGGUGCUCGUCGCCGAACACCAGGACACCGUCGAGGGCGGCUGGGUCCUGACCGUCGCGCCGCCCGGCCAAGAUGAGACCAAGGUCUUCGCGCGCCGGGUCGUCUUCGCCACUGGCCUCACGUCGGAGCCCUUCCUACCGCACUUCGAAGGCCAAGAGACGUACGGCGGUAGAAUCUUCCACGGCAAGCAUUUCCAACAAAACAGCGACACUCUGGAGACGUGUAAGAGAGUCACCGUCUUCGGUGCCACCAAGUUCGCCUGGGACGCCGUAUAUGCGUACGCAACCGCCGGCGUAAAAGUGGAUUGGGUCAUUCGCUCUUCGGGUCAUGGUCCGUGUUGGAUCUCACCCUCAUAUGUGACGCCACUUAAGAAGUGGAUCGAGAAGCUUGCUAACAUGCGCUUCCUGACCUGGUUCAGCCCUUGCAUAUGGGGCGACGUCGAUGGCUACGGCAGCAUCCGCCACUUCUACCACGGCACCACCGUGGGACGGACCAUCGUCAAUUCUUUUUGGAGAGUGCUUGGCGGCGACGUGUUAAACCUCAACGGGUUCGACUCGCACCCGGACACGGCUAAGCUGAAGCCCUGGACCAGCGCGAUGUUCACGGGCUCCAGCUUCAGCAUCCUGAAUUACGACACAGACAUAUUCGAGCUGGUGAGGGGGGACAACGUCAAUGUCUACGUCGGCGAGAUCGACCACCUCAGCCCUGGAAAGGUCCACCUGUCAGACGGCACGGAAUUCGAAUCAGAGGCGCUGCUCGCCCACACCGGCUGGAAGCAUGUGCCGCCAAUCAAGUUCAUGCCGGAGGGGAUCGAGAGGGAGCUCGGCAUCCCCCACACGCCCAAGGAGGGCGCGCCGGAAGACGACCUCGCGAAUAACCAGGCGCUCGUUGACCGCGUCGACAAGGAGAUCCUCGAGCGCUUCCCGCGACUCAAGAGCCAGCCGGUGUGGAACAAGGACUACGUCCCCUUGACGGAGCAGAAGGGCAUCACGAGCAACGACGAGGUGACACCGUACACGAAGCUCACGCCGUACAUGCUGCACCACUUCCUCGUGCCGCCGUCGGAGCGAUUCCUGCGCAGCAGGGACACGGCCUUCAUCGGCAUCGUGUCGAACUUUAGCAACAUGAUCACGGCGCACCUCCAGGGCCUCUGGAUCAGCGCCUACUUCUCCGGGCAGCUCGAGCGGGACCCGUCGAUGGCGGUGGGCGACCCGGAGGCGAUGGACCAGCUGCGGUACGAGACGAUGCUGUUCAACCGCUUCGGCAAGUGGCGGUACCCGACCGACUGGGGCUCCAAGAACCCCAAUUUCAUCUUCGACGCCGUCCCGUACCUCGACCUGCUGCAGCGCGACCUCGGCCUCAACAUUUACCGGAAGAAGGGUUUCCUCGCCGAGCUCUACGAUCCUUACGGCCCCGAAGACUACCGCAACGUCAACGACGAGUGGCUGAGCAGACACGACAGCAGCGGGAAGUCACUGAGAAGCGAGAGCACGAAGAGUCUGAACUAAGUUAACGUCGUAGACGAGAUUCCCUUUCUCUUUUUUUGCCUUCUUUUUUCUGUCACUUUUACAAUUUCUACAUGUGCUCCAACGAGCACCCCUGCGUCACACGCAUUGUACUUUUAUACAGCAUGGUUGGGAGGAGGCUUUCGUCUUUUUGCUACACUUUUCCUUUCUCUCUCUCUCUUUUCCGAGGCGGGGGGUUCUCUGU